UAUUUCUCUCUCCGUAAUGCAGGCCUUAAACAAUUAUCUUCUUGGAUUCCAGCUCUAUCUAUCUAGUUUUGUAUUCCUAUAUAUCUCUUUCUACCAUUGGAUUCCCACACAGAUGAAAAUGAGCUUCUCUAAAAUGAACAAUAGCAACAUCUCUUCUUAUACAAAAACCAAUGGAAUUGACCUCAUUGAUGAUUUGUUGAUGGAGAUUUUCACCAAGCUACCAGUGAAGAGCAUCUACCGCUGCAGAUGCGUAUCAAGGUCAUGGCGGCGGCUUGCAGAUCGUUGCAUCGCCGUAGGGCUCCCAUUAGUCUUCUGCGCCAUGUUCUACCGUAGCGGUCCCAGAGAUAUCGAUCUUGAACCUAGAUAUGGAUGUAAUUGUAAUGGUAGUUUCCAAGAAACAGACUUCAGUUACCUACCAUUUUACCACAACUCCAACAUCAUAGAUUGGAACAAUAGUCUUCUCCUCUUUUACAGAAGGAUUUCCUUUGAUUUUUAUGUAUGCAAUCCUACCACCAAAAAAUGGGCAGCUCUACCCAAGCCAAGGGGCGAGAGCCAACACUCAAUACUAGCUUUUGAUGCUUACGAAUCACCAUAUUACAAGGUGGUUUGCUUUAGUAGUGGGUGUCAAGCACAAGUAGGCCAGCUUGAAGUCUUCUCGUCAGAGACCGACCAAUGGGUCGAACAUAGCUUGAAUUGGGGAGUUAAUUCAAGCCACCUCACAUCAUGGAUGCAUUACUUUGAUGGUGUUAUUUAUGUUCUUGCUUAUCCUAGACAUGUUGCUUGCAUUGAUCUAGAAAAGAUGUGUAGCAGCGUAAUUGAGUUUCCUGACGACAUUGAUAAUGUGGCUUCUUUGGGAAAUUCUGGUGGGUUUCUCCACUGCGCAAUAAAUGAUGCAAAUGAAUUGAGGAUUUGGGUUUUAAAAGGAAUAGAAUGGAUGUUGAAGAACAUAGUAAGUGUUUCAGAUAUUUUAGAAUGGAAAGGUGACUGCAUAUAUACAUCUCCUCUUGCUUCUUUGGUUCAGGGGCAGUUUAAAUUCUUGGCUUUUCAUCCGAAGGAGGAUGUGGUUUUCCUAUGGGUUAUGGGUAACUUGAUGUCUUAUGAUCUUUGUAAGAAGAUAUUUGAUUUCGUUUGUGAGCUGGGAACAGAGAAGGAGAAGAUUCUAGUGAAUCAGAUUUGGCUAUUUCUUUAAAACUUUAUGGAGUUCUUAAUGUUCUUAUUAGAGAUUUGAUUCAAGUUCUCGAAUUCAUAUAAAAAACUUUUUUUAAGAGUAAGUUCUCUAACUUUUACAAGAACUUCUAACAUGCAUUAUGAAUUUUCUAACUCUUGUAAUAACUCACAUCAUAAAUUAUGAAAAAGAAAUCGAAACGAAAAAAAAAUAUAAUUUUACAUAAUUCUUAAAUCUCCAAAAUCUUAAACAAAAUGAUUUUCACGAACUUUUAAUCGAAAGAAAAAUAUACCUUGAUUCAUUUUGAAUUCAUCUAUAUCCGAACUAGGUUUCUAUCCAUUUUCCCUUUCACUUUCUUCUUUAAUGAGUUAAUUCUCUAUGGAGCAAAGUAACUCCUCAUAAUGAGAGAGAGAGAGAGAGAGAGAGAGAGAGAGAGAGGACCGAUAGUUAUUUCCUACAAAUUGGUUACAAUAACCGCUUGUAGGAGUUAUUUGAUCAAACAGUCCAUAAACGAUUGAUCAAAUUAGCUCUUUUUGACCAAUAAGAUUUAAACAUAAAUAAUUAAAUUUCAAUAUUCUAAUAUAUGGGUCACUUAAUGAUUUAUAUGAUUAAAUAUAUAUUCCUAAAUAAUUAUUGCAACGUCGCAUAAUUAUUAUAUUUAAUUAUUCUAACCGUCUCCAUAUUCAGAUAAUGUUUCAAAUUGCUUGGCUUGAUGGGAAUUCAGUUUCUAUAAUAGUUUUUUAUAUUCUAUGAUUUAUUUGCGGCAAGUAAAUGAGAAAUUAUUCUGUGCGGAUGUCAGACACAGCUCUACGUCCAGAUGCCACGGUACAGUAAGAGGAUGACACGAAACAUUCUGGUUGGUCUCCGGACAGCUUCCGGCAUCCGCACAGAAUAAUUUUUCCAAGAAGGAUGUAUAGAUUCUAUAGAAAUUUGAAUAGGGACACAGGUGAUUUAAAUUUUUGUACAGUCGAAAGAAUUUCGUAGCUUCUUAGGUUAGUAUAAAAAUUGGUGGCUUUCGUUUGCCAUUUGAAGACUUCUUCCUUGAGGAAGUGGCUGAUGGGAGGAAAAGGUGGAGGUACUAAGUUGACACAAAACUUGCAAGAAAGUCGAUUGAGACCGCAAUUCAAUCCAUUCAUUGCUUCACUAUGUAGGCAUGUAGCCAUUUAUUAUAUUUGUUGGCUUCAGUUUUUGUCCUGCAGUAGUGCUUAAAGGAUAGGAGAAAUUAUUUUGUGCUGAGUAUGGAUGGAAAGGAUCGUCUGAACUGUGAGUAUACAUAUUAUGUGUAUAUAAUUUGUAUAAAAAUUUGAUACAUAUCGUGUAUAAAUUUAUACAUAAUAUGUACACUCAUAUAUCCAAACGAUUCUUCCUAUUCAGACCCCACAUAAAACUAUUUCUCCAAAGUUAGUGUUCGAUUUUUUAUUUUACUUGUACCAUUUUUACUUUUUCCUGCCAUCGCCUCUUCAUUCUUGUGCUUAUCGACGAAGGAAUGCCAGUUAUUGUGUUUCUAACACUUGUAUGGUGCGGCGGUGGGGUUUGGCCUAACCCUCUUUGCACUGCGGAUGCUAACAAAUAAUCAAGUGGAAUCCACAAAUGUGUUUUUGGACACCUGAUUCUUCCUUUGGCUGAUUUAUGGAGGGUUUCAUUUUUGUAUAAUUUUUUAUAUAUUUUAUAUUUUUUAAAGUUGUUAUAGAAAAAAAUAGUAUAAUUUUUUUAAAAGAAACAAAAAUUAAUGAUCAAUUAAAAAUAAUAAUUAUGAUCUAAAAAAUAAAAUAUGAAGAAACAUGUCUCUUAAAUUUUCAAGGGCUCUUUCUAAUGGCGGAGCAAGAAAUUUUAUUCAGGAGUGACCUAACUUAAAACUUUCACAUAAACAUCUUCCACUGGCAGUCUUUAUUUAGGGGCAAAAGAGGAGCGAAAGGGAAAACGAAAGUCAUGCACAAGGUCGCGGGCCACAACUUACACCAGAAGAGAAAAAAGAAAAAUGAAUCAUUGAUGCUUUUUAGGUGACCAAAAAAAGAUGUUGGUGGCUUCUCUAAUUAAUAAAUAACUUUAAAAGGAAGAAUUACAAAAAUUAGAGCAAGUUUCUUCGUUGGCAAACUUUUUGCUCUAUUAGGCCACUAAAACAAUCAGCUUCGAGUUCUUUUAAGCUUUAGCAAAAUUCUUUAGAGUAGCCACUAGAGAAAGUCAUUCCUCCCUCUCUCUCUUUCAGCUAAAGCAUUGCAUGGUCUAGGUAAAGGUGGAUUGAAGACUUGAAAUGAAAAAAAAAAAAAAAAUCCUGUAAUUUUUUUUGGGGGGCUAGCUAUUUCGAUCAUUUUUAUUUCAAAUGGUCGUGGCUAAUAGUGAUUAUUGGUUUAAAAUUUCUUAAAAUAUUUAAAAGAAAUAUGAUAAAUAAUAUAUUUUAAAAAA